AUCAAGAAUUCCUAUUGCUUAAAUCCCACAUAAAGAAUAUCAGCGGAAUCGAGUAGGUGAUUCGUAAUUUAAUUGUCUCGAUCAAGCUUGAAAACAACCCAAGCAUUAAAGGAGAAAGUUUCUUGUAGUGAAAGUCAACGACGUAUCUCAGUAGACAGAUGAGUUGGAAUUUCAGUUUUCGAUCUAUUUUUUAAAUGUUUUACAAUCUAGUUUUUUAAACAAAUCGUUGAAAAUGAUUAUAUUAUGUGGGUGUCUCGUGGUGGUAAUUGCUACUAUUAUUGCAAUAGUAAGAUCGAAAAAACCAAUGGAUCUGAUUAUGGCUGAAGCAAAAUAUGAAAUGAUAUACAACGCAAUGGGUUCUCGAGCUUUAAUGCAGGACUGGCUGAUGCAUCGGAGUAAUAAAACAGAAUUGCUACCACAACCAGGGAAAAUAGCAGUUAUAACUGGAGGUGCUAGAGGCAUUGGAGCUGAAGUCGUCAAAAUGCUCAUGAAAUGUGAUAUAACUGUUGUUAUUGGUUGCAGAAAUAUUCAGUCUGCCGAAAUGAUGCUAAAGAAAUACAGAGACGAAGAGAUAAAUACAGGAAAUAUUGACCCAAUUCAGUUAGACAUUAGUUAUUUAGACUCAGUUAGAAAUUUUGCUGCUGAAGUGACUAAAAAAUAUCCUAAAAUCAAUUAUUUGAUCAAUAAUGCUGGAAUAAUGUUUGGACCCCGAAUAGAAACAAGAGAUGGAUAUGAAUCACAGUUUGCUACUAACUACCUCGGACACUUUUUCUUGACUCAUUUAUUAUUUGAUUCUUUAAAAAAAGCAGGAGAUGAAAAAUGUAACAGUAGGAUUGUGAAUGUGUCUUCAUGUGCUCAUUUAGCAGGCGACAUAAAUUUUGAGGAUAUAAACUAUAGGUCAAGAUAUAUUUCUUCAGAAGCUUAUGCCCAGUCAAAAUUAGCACAAAUACUCUUCACAAACUACCUUGAUGCAUUAUGCAAAAGAAAUGGUUAUCAUGUUCAAUUACAUUCCAUACAUCCCGGAAUUGUAAAUACUGAACUAUUUGAUGGUACAAAUCUGAAGAACCUAGCACCUUGGUUGCCUAAUUUGAUGUUCAAGACACCAGAACAAGGAGCUAUACCAAUAGUUCAUGCUUGUUUAUCUUCAGACCUAGAAGGAAAAGGUGGGACCUAUAUUAAUAACUGCAAAAUAUUUCCAACAAGUGAACUAGCAAAAGGUGAAGAAUUGCAACAAAAAUUAUUUGAUUUCACCAAUAAAUUGAUUGGGGUUGAAAGAUUUGGAGAAACCUUGUGAAAUUUGAAGAGGAGAAUAUAUAGAUAUAAGGCAUUAGGUACGAAUACUUAUCAUACGAAUUGUUAAGUUUGAAAAAAAAAUUUUAAAAAUUAAAAA